AUGGUAGAUUUUGCGGAAGCUAUUGAAGACUGCAGAGUUCUGGAUCCGGGCUUUGAUGGCUCAUCCUUCACAUGGGCCAAGAAUGGCCUGUUUGAAAGGCUUGAUCGAAUUUUGGUGAACGAACCAUGGGCACAGCUCUUCGAAGCGACUAGGGUGACUAACGUGCCACGUGUAUCUUUGGAUCAUGGCCCCGUUCUGGCCCGGUACGGGUGUUACACGGGGGCUGAGGGACUUCUUAAUCUACAAAUCAAACUUGCACGAAUAAAGAAAACCUUUAAGGAGUGGAACAAGGCAGUUUUCGGGAACAUUCAUGACAACCUUCGGGCCUUGGAGGAAAAAAUUGUGGCUGCCCAAGCGGGCUUUGAGGAGAGGCCCUCCCUAGAGAAUAGGGCCGAAGUCAACAGAUCUAUUGCCAUGUAUAUCCGGCUCCUCAAGAUGGAGGAGGACUUUUGGCGACAAAAGGCGACGCUUAGAUGGCUAGCGGAAGGCGAUAAGAAUACCAAAUUCUAUCAAAGUUGGGUUAAACAAAAGAGAUUACGGAUGCGCAUUCACAAGAUUAAUGUAGGGGGGAGAGAACUCUCGGAUGACUUGGAGAUUAGAAACUUGGCGGUGGAAUUCUUCCAAAACCUCCUUGCCCCAGGGCCUCUCACGCUCUCGGAGCCGGAUCUGAGCUUGAUCCAACGCCUCCCUCCAUCACCCGAGGCGAUGCCCUACCGGAUCCACCAAAUGCCGAGGAAGUGA